CCAACGAAACUGGCGGCGCGCGCGAAGCGCACCGCGCGAUUUUGGCGCUUGUUUGCUUGCUUGACCUCGCUUCCCUUCCUCGGUAUAUCCGGUGUGUAUGAGCACGACGAGGUGACUGCCGCCGUUUCGCUCUCUCGCAUUUAGGAUUUUCUAUUUCGCUGUCGCAACGGCACCCCGGAUCAAAAGAAGUUAAAGAAAACGCCAAGCUUGUUUCUUCGACGCCUGCCUCCCCCCUCACCCGCCCACCCCACACAGCCGUCCAAACAGGUGUCGUACCCCCGCGUCGUUCACGUACGGUACAUGUUGUCGCGAUUUCAACGGCGUUGCCGCCGUUCCCAUCGCGUCACCACUGCGACAACCUGUGCGUGUGCCGCCGCUCGACAGCAUUCCCGCAUGGCAACAUCUCGCACGACGGCCCGCCUCUUUGUUGGGUAGCGUGCUCGCUUGAUAGCGCCUCGAAAAAGCGAUCGACUAACGAGAGCGCAAUGGACGAAGAGGAUGCCACAACGGCCGCUGCGACGACGUCGUCCGCGGACAACAGCCCCUCUCGUGCUCGUAGAAGGGGUGUCGCUGGUGGUAGUGCGCGCGGCAACAGGCUCGCCCGCGGCCUGGCGACGUGCAACUGUGCCUCGUACUGCUACUUCUCGCUCGCCCUGGUGCUGUUUUCGCUGGGCACCGUGCUCACCAUACUCGUGCUCGAUGACAGCGAGCAGAUGUUUCCCAACCUGACUCACAUGUGGCUCAUCGGGCCAAUUUUCAUCAGUUCGGGACUGAUGUUUGCCGUGAAAACGAUCAUGUACCUGCGCAGGGAGACGAUGAUCGCCUACUUGGCGAGGCAGCACUCCCUACUACGCGAGCUGCAUCUUGUGGCCGUGGAGCCAGGAUUGUUAAGGGGCCUUCAACAGAGGGCGGCAUCCCUGCCGCCUCCGUACGAGGCGGUGGCCACGGGCUACGACUCUCCAAUGUGCCACGGGUCGACAACAGCUGCAGCAUUUCCACUGCUGAUGGCCACCACGGAAGAGGACCCGCCCUCGUACGAGGAGGCCCUCCUGCUCAUUCGUGGUGGCUCCGGACCCUCUCCGGCCAUAAAAACGGUGCCUGAGGUAUCGCCCCCGCCACAGUCAUCACAGCCUCCUGGAGCACCCGUGACAGUGAUUGCAGUGCAGGAGGACUUACCUGACCGGUAGCAGCUGCCGAGCCCAACCCUUUGGCGAUGAUCUGGUGCCUAGAUCUGCUUUGCGGCAUGUGACCCCGCGGCAAAUGAGUGUACUGCCCGGCUAUUGUUUCUUCGGUUAUGGUUGUUUUUCCGCAUCACUGUGAUGACGACUUAAAAGACUCGACUUUGCGCUUUGUCAAUUUGAUUCCGCAUUUGGUUACAGCAAUGCGGAGUUCAUUUACGAGUGCCUUGUGGCAGUGUGAACAAAAAAAAAUGGGCUUGUGGCGACUGUGUUUGCAGUGAGUAACCUGACCUGUGAUUUCAGGGAUUGCUAAACAAUAGUGAAUGUGUUUUGGUGUUUUUAGUACAUUGUAGACUGCAGCAAGCUUAGCUGGUGUGAAAGUGACGUGCCAGAGAGCAACUGGAGUAAAUGUGCAUUUAACAAUGGUGUCCUUCACCUGAUGAUGUAAAAAGACUGAUAGGAAAGAAGACUCAGUACAAGGAUGUUGCAAGUAUGCAAGGGUGGAUUCAGGCCUUGUGAUGAUGCCUGAAUGAACACUUAUUGUGGCCAUGACACGGUCAUAGGAGUAGGUUUACUGUCGCCUUCAUGGGAGGUGUAUUUCUUGUGGCAGCCAGCUGGAACAGUGUGUGAUCUAAUCCUUGCCUGCGAAGACUUGCUGGCUUCAUUUACACAGCUGCAUUCUACUCUGUCCGAUUACUGACGGUGCACAUGUUUCUGCAAAAGUGAAGUGUUUUCAGGGCAUUUGCUCUUUGAUCAGUGGCAUCCUGUAAUGCAGGCCACUGCUGCACAUGCUUUUAUUCUUACUCUGGUGAAGGAGUCUGUCCCUGUCAGAAAGCACUUGAGGAGAAGACUCUUGAACUCUCGCAACUCCUGCGAAAAGCCUCAGCAUUUUCGUCAUACCUUAGACCUGUCAAUCAUUUAGUCAUCGUGACUGAAAUCAGUCUGCAGUUCUUUGACUUCAAGAAUGUGAAUAUAGUAUUUGCUGUGGUGCUUAGCACAAUGAUUCAUUUUCAAGUACAGUCAGACCUUGGCAUAACGAGCCUCGAUUUAACUAAAUUCGCGAUGUAGCGAUUUUUUUUUUUUCGCAAUCCUAGUUCUACUGAAUUUAAGAAACUUCGAAUUAAUAAAAUUCGCGAUAUAACGAAGUUUUUCGCUGCAAGUACAACUUCGUUAUAUCGAGGUUCGACUGUAUAAGUGAACCUGCAUCAGUGGCUGUAGCAUUCUGAUGAUGGAUGAGGUCCUGAGUUUGUUUUCUGGCAGUUACAGCCGUUUUUCAAAAAGUAUGGAAUGCAGAAACACUUGUGUACCAAGCUUUGAGUGCACGUUAAAAGGUCCCAGGUGGCCAAGAUUAAUCUGGAGCCCUCCAUAACAGAAUCUCUCAUAGCUGCUGUGUUGCUUUGGCGCAUUAAACUCCUUCAACCGCCCAAAUUUUAAUUGCCCAAUGCAGUUAUGGUAAUUAUUGUUUUCAUUGUGUCCUUAACAACUAGGUCAAAUUACUUUUGUCUCAGCCAAGGUAAGGCUCAGUAUUGAUGUAUGUAUAUUUUGACACUGUCACCAUAUGCACCAAAUUACACUGCCUGUUAGCGUACACUGAUUAAGGAUCUUCCUUCCUAUCGCUGUCAUCUUUCCAUCCCUUCUCCUCCUUCCCCACGCUGCUGACCAAUGUUCAAGUGUCGGCUGUGCACUAGAGUGUUACGGUGCAGUCAGCAGGCUUUCCUCUUCACUGUCAACCAAUCUCUCUCGCUCUGUGGAACACGGUUGCAUUGUGUUUUGCUUUUGGGCAUGUCUUCGAUGGUUACAGGAGGAGAAAGAAAAUGGGCUGUGUGAACGAAGUCUUACACUAGUCAAGGUUGAUGCAUUGGUGCGAACCACUUUAGGCUCUGUUCAACUCCGUUCACGUUCCAGGCAUAGUGAACUGAACUGCUGUUUAACAAAAGGAGUUCUGAAAAGACCUGGCUCAUCCAUUUACAAUUUGAAAUGACAUAAGCACACAGUAGAGUUGCGCUGCACUAUUUUCUUGAGAAACAAGCUUGCACCGUUUUCAGAUCUGCUGAUGAGGGCUUUGCCAGUGAGGAUUUGCAUCCACGCUAUCUUAUUUUUUUUUUUACGGCAUACUGUAGAUGUUCACUUGAUACUGUGGAUUUUCGCUCAACGCAGAAGAUUGCGUUGAGGUGCUAUCUUUUAGAAGAUGUUUGUUCGAAAAUUGUCCACUUGAUUCCUCUCAUCAUUGCAGCUAUCAUUCACGCUGCACGGCACAUGCAAGCCUUUGAAGCUGUUUGCAUAUUUGUAAUGUGGUUCGUCACGAGCAAUAUUGCUUUGAAGCAUGGAAGGCAUAUCAGAUUGCCAUAUCAAACCAUUGUAAGCUGCCGUGUGAGGCAGUGGAGAACAGCACAAGUCAUUUUGCGAGUGCUUACUGGUUAAUCGCCGCGAUGACAAUAGCGUUAGACCAAGCAGCGCUUGAAAGCACUCAUAUGAUACCUUUUAUGCGAACUGGAUUAUGACCAUGUUUACUAUGCUAGAGUUGAAGGGUGAUAUGUAUUUCUCAUGCACACUACCAUGGACAGAUGAAGCGCAAACAGGAAAUAUAAAACAUAAUCGAUGCAGGAAGUUUGUUCGUGUAUUUCAUACGAAGAUGCAGUUUCUAAUCUCAACUAGAGAUGAUUUAUGGCAUGCCUAUGAUAGGGCACAAUAAGAUCCUGAAGCAUCAUCUUCCAGUCUGACCAUUCCAAUUAUAAUUUUCUCAUUUGUGCUUCAUUUGUCCGUGGUAGUAGAACACUGUCUGGUCUUGUGUAGAAAUAUGCCCAAUCGCAUUUUCGUUAGAACAUGCCUGUUUAUCAGGAUAUUGCGCAAAUCCUAGGUAAUUUCAAGAAUGGGACACAUGUGAAGAUAAAAGCUAAUGUCUCCUGCACAUGACAUCAUACACACAGUUUUAGGAACGACCUCUGUGACCUCUUCCCAUUCACCUAGCAGCACCGGGUCCCUCUGUCAAUGUCACGAUGUCAUUUUUUUACAUGCUCAUUAUUUUUGCUUCCUAUCACUCGCAGUUGCUUCUCUGCUAUGGAUAGCAAGUCACGGAAGCAAUAUGUUAUGGGUUAAUAUUUUAACUGCAUAAAGCAUGACUUAUUAACAAGUUGCAUUAACACCGUGCAAAUUUGAUGUGAUUGUCAGCUGACAACUACUAACGGUUUUGGAAAGCCUGGAUGCAAAAUCAUGUCGCUGUGCUUAAAACCACUUGUACCGCAACGUGGAUGCAAUGCCAGUGUUAACGGCAUCAAGGGAGGCUAUUUAUGCUUGUGUCGCGUUAAAUUGUUUAGUCACUGAACUUAUGAAAACCCACUUAUAUCCACCAAAACGACUCACUGAUUAUGGCAUUCUCCUGCUAAGCAUGAGGUCGCGGGUUUAUUGCUACAGCAUUUGCAUUCCAUUGGGGACAGAAUGCAAGAAUGCUUGUACACUUAUACUUAGUUCAUUGUUCAAGAAUCCUUAGGCGGUGAAGGCUAAUCGGGAGCUGUUUGAUACAGCAUUUCUCUUUACCCCGUGUGUGGUCGAGGAUCUUAGGCUCGGUACAGUUAUUCAACAGUCAAGCACCGUUUAGUUGUUAUAUGUUGUCGUAACUGUUCCCUCGUGUUGUUUUGUGUGGCUAGUAGCUUAUGUUGUGUAUGGGGAGCGGGGGGGCCAUUCGAUGGUGCUAUUACACCUCACUGACUUGAACACGUCAUUAACUUUAGUUACCAUUCGUUGUAGCUGCGAGACGAUGUUGAACUAAAUCAACUUGCGACGAUGAGUGCAAUGCAUGAAUAUUGUUUGUAGCCUGCCAUGAACCUUGUGCCUCGGUGCCCUCUUCCUUGCCAUGCGAUGGUGUUAUGUGAUGACGUCACGAUGACGUCGUGUGAUGCGUCAUGCUUCUAAUGCAUUCCUGAUAAAUUGCUACUGGAGUGUUUUUGUGUCUGAAAACUGAGGUGUUCGUGCAUGCAUGUGUCUGUGUGCUAUCGCCUCCACUCAAGGUGUGUGCCUUCUGCAACAAGCUCAUAGUACAAAUUUACCGAAAAUUGUAGACAGCGCACAGAUGUGACGCUCCCACUCGGCAAGAGUGCGCACAUUUUUUUUUGACGUUGUGAAUCUACUGCGAUUGUUUGCCCGCAUUUUUUCUGUGUUUAUUGCUUGUCUUACUAAGCUUAGCGUGUGCUACGUGCAGUAAGAAUUGCUAAUAUGUGAAGUUUCAUAUAGUAGUCAAAUAUAUUACAUUCUGAAUCAAAGUAGCCAAUUUGAGAAUUUGGUGUUUGGUGUCUGUGAGUAUAUUCGAUUAUGACCAUAUGUGCAGUAUUACGAUGAUUAAUGAGUCUGGACAGCAUUAAAAAUGGUCUCUGCACAUUCUCAACAGGUUGGAUAAAGUGUCGAUGUUAGUUGUGCAAAUGUUCAGGAACGUAAAAAAAGAAACUGACAGAAAGAAUGCCAACUGUCCAUUUCUUUUCUUCGUUUCCUAAACCUUUGCACCACUAACACCGACAUUGUACUUUGCUUAAUGUGUCCAUGCACCAUAAGCAAACCGGGAAAUGUGAAGACCAACACCUUGCUCACUUGCAGACUUUGCUCAUUUUCAGCCUGACCGAUUGAAUAGACUUCAUAAAGUGUUGGGCGUGUCAAAGGAUGUCAGGGACCCGCAUUCACAAUGUUUCUCUCGCACAAGAGCGUUGCCUCAUUGGCUGGCGUUUGGGUACUUGCCACUUGCGAUAGUGAUCGGUGUUAUAACGGGAAGAUUACCGCGGUGAUGAUCACUUGCAGACAGCACUCACGAAUGAAAUAUUUCCUGAAUACAGGACUAAAUAUUUUCUCUCAUUUUUUUUUAUGUUGUCACGUAUCCUCUCCAUGCUUGAAUCCGUUUCUACUUCUUGAGAAAUGCAAAAUAUGAUCGGCAAUUUGAUAUUCCAGGCCUGGUAUUUUUUUAGAUAUUUAUUUUGAUUUAAAAGUUUUGAUUUUGGAGCAUCCCUAAUGUGCAGAUUCAGCAACUAGGUCCGCGCCGAGUGCUGGCCAUAAGUUUUUUUUUUUCUUUCAAGCUGUUUUCAGCGGAUGACAUUGUGGCUAACAAUAAAGUGAACUCACACAAUGAACCCACGUAAUAGCCGCAGUUCCAAUACAACAAAAUUUGGGAAGGCCUUCACAACCUUCUACAGCUACAGAUCAUGGCACAGCAAGCAUGUUGCCAGUAGCGCAAAGGGACACUAAAAACAAAUAGUAUUAAGUUACUGCAGUAUUAAAAGAUGCUUCUGAAGUGGAAAAAUGGCUUUCACCAUUAGAGGAGGCUUGAAAAGCUGGAAAAGCGGCCAAAAUUAAAGGCCAGUGGCUAAGGGACCCUAAGGUUUCUGAACUAAUCAGCUGUGAUAACACGAAUUUUGACAGUGUCUUCUCGGGCCUAGGUAUAUUUUAAUCUGUAAACUUUGGACUACAUGGCAUUCUAGGGAAGCCAGAAGUAUAACUCAACAAGUUUCCUAAACCUUUGCUAUGCCGCAAUAACCCCCAUAUGAAAAAAAAUAUACUUUGAAAUUUGUUGUACCGGUGCCAAGGCGCUGGUGGGAGAUAUCUAAGAGAUGGAAGUGCGGCCGUCAUUUUAUUUCUUCUAAUAAUCAAACUGUUACCGCAAAAUGAACGAAAAAGUAGUAUGCAGUGGUAAUUUUUCAGUUUAAAGAUUCCUUUAAGGGGGUGUAACGUACCUGGCUGUUUUGCUGUGAGCAAAAAGUGAAAGAAACAAGGCGGUGCAUAGCAUGAGCCCAAAGUGAUAGUAAGUUGAUGAAAGCAGCUUGCAGUGCCUAAUCUUUUUUUUUUUUAUAACAUUCUCCACUUUCCCCAGAAUCAAUGCUGUUUCUAGAGCAGUAGUACUGCAAGGACAACAGAAAAUAAACCUGAAAACAAAAACAAAAAAACAUAACAAACCUGUGCACGAUGCAAGGAUUUAAAAAACAAAGAAAUGAACAACCUUUGUAAAUCUAUGCAAAUCUGAGCAACUUGCACAACUGCCAUCAGGCUUAACACGACCAUUCUUCAGCAGCUUAACGUUAUCAAAACAAGGCCUGUAAGGAGCAAAAAAUGAGACGCUUUGAAAGGAGGAUGCAUUAAGCUAACUCAGUCAAGCACCCCAACCAGAAUUCGCCAGCACCCUCCUCCGCAGGAGAAAAAGGCAGCUGAAGCGUGUUUUGGUCAAGUAUGGCGGAAGGUGUAUAGUUGCAGACAAAACUAAUUGGGACUCUGGAGCUGUGACCAAGCUGCAUCCCAGCACCUUCAAGCAACCUCGGGGUGUCAUGCAUGCAGGCAAAUCGUUGCCACUAACGAGAUCGCACCUCUCGAUUUGUUUAUUUACCUGUGCAUCAGUGUCUCUUGCAGCGUCUGCAGCUGAACACUCGCUAGUAUAUAAGCGCUGAUAGCAUAGCUGCACUUGGUUGUGUCAUGAGGACAUGUUUACAGCCCACGCAAGAUGCAAGAACAGCUGUGCUACCAGCACCGUCACGCUACUGAGUGUACAUUUGCAGAAGCUGCAAGCGACACUGAUCCACAGGUAAAUAAACAAAUCGAGAGGUGUGAUCUCGUUGUCAGCGCCGAUCAGCGUGUCUGCGUGAUCCAGUUUCUUGCUUUUUCACCGCGAGGCUGUGCUAGAGGGCGCUGGGAUGCAGUUUGGCCACAGCUCUCAUGUUCCAAUUACUUUUGUCCACACCUGUACAUUAAGGGCAGUAAAGCCAUAGACAUGUAGUGCAAUAUCUUUUGCUGUACCUGAGUUGUUUCCCAACAUUUCACGACAGAAAGUCUAUACACCUCUCUUGUGCACAAGGUCCUAUGCACAUUUUAGUAAGUGCACCCACAAGCUCCCGAUUGCCUCACUAUAUCCAGUGUGACUCUUUCGCUAUAUCUCAAGUCUUUUUAAUCCUGUCGCUAAACCUGGGCUUUUAAGUCCUUCUAUAGUGUUCACUGCAUUCUGUUAUGCUGCCAUGGCUCCUCUGUUCUGUGCCAGCUCUGCUCUAGCAACCAGAACACUUGGCCUAAAGCAAUGUGGCGUUGAGCUAGUAAGUGAUCUUCAGAAUCAAACAUGUUGGGGAUUGAAGAGACAACACAAAUGAACAAUGUGGAGCAUUGUUGCCCAUCUCCUUCUUUCUGGUGGGUGUAAUGCACCCAACAUGUUCAGUUCUGCAGUAUGCUUGUACCUCCUCAAUGUUAGGCUCGCAACGACGACAUGCUGUACAAAAACCUGCGUGAAAACUCCUCUACGUAGCUUUGCAUUUAAAAACACAUUAUAACAACUAAGUGGCUCGUGGCAUUCUGCUGCUGAUCGUGACGUUGCAGGUUCGAUUCCCUCUGGCGUUCUGUUAUGGGUGGAAUGGAAUAACAUACUGUGCUUUGGGCACACAGACAUUAAGUGCUAAAAUUUAACAAACUGUGUUUCAUUGGAAAAGAGGUUGUUGUAAUCAGAGGAUGGGCAUAUUUAUUGUCACUUGGAGCGAGUGCACUUGUCAUUCACAGGCUGUUAGGUGGAGAGGUUCAGCGGCCUUCUGUGCAGAACACACUCGCUAGUGAGUGCGUUCGGUGAAUGCACUUCAGUGCAUCGAAGCGUGUAGCCACAAAAGCAGUGUUUCAAUAACAACUAGAAUAAUGCUCAAUGCUGGGUCGAUACUAAUUUUGAAAACACCAUUUUUUUUGUGUGUGUUCGUGCGGUUUCAAGUUGUCAUAAGCAUCCACUUGCCGUUUGCUAUGAAAACCCUCUCAUUUUCGAGGCGCAGACGCUUUGCCACCUUCAGGACUUCAAGAGACAAUAUGCAAAAGUCUGUAAGCAGGCUUUCCCACAGAGCUGACUUUCCCUAACCAAGGUGGCUGCGUCCCAGUUAGUAGCGCUGUUAAAGAUGAGAUGCAUUUUAAAACAGGACGGUGGCUGGCCCACAUGUUGAUACUUCAGUUACAAUUGUAGCCCGAGGUCUGCCAUCUUGGUUGCGUCAAAGAAGGUGUGUGGAAUAGCGCACUUGCAGGUUUUGCAUAUCGUUCAUUCUGAACUUGCAACGUGUCACUCCCGUAUCGGAUGCUUUGCUGUCUUGCCUUGUGAUGAUAGAUCGUGUUGUUAUUUUGCAAUUAUUGCAUAAAAUAACAAAUAUAUAAUGUAAAGGCUGAUUUACCCAUUCACACUGCUAUUAAUUCCAAAAGACGCUUUCCUCUCGCAUGUAGCAGCAUGCCGCCGAAGUGACACUCGCUGUGUAGCAGUUCCCUUGCUCAUAGUGUCACUAAAUUUGCUUGUGUGACUGAGUAUUAAUUUGGUCAAUGUUAGUGGUUUAUAGUGAGCUUUCCAUCUAGGUGGGGUCACUCAGUUUUGCCUGCUUGGUCUAAAACAACUCGUGAUUUCAGUUAAAUACACACGCUGCUCAUGGUUCAAUCUUAACCAUUUUUAUGUACUGACUGUACAGCGUGUGGUAGUUCUCAGCCUCGUGAUGUGCUUGUUAAUGGAAAGCUGCAUUUAUUCAGUGUUGUACUGAAUCAUGUUUGCAUUUGUUUGCUGGUGCGAUGCAACUCAUGUCAAUUGUAGUGCCCAAACCUAAUUUUAACUUUGUAGGAGUGUUAAAACUACAGUGUGUGAAUUUAUGUUGACCUUUCUUACUGUCAAUUUGGCAUACUUGAAUCAUAUGAAGCAUGCAUCAGCUGUGAGGCAGUUUCAAUGUACCAUGUGCUGUGCCAUGAUCAGGAAAGCCUACAAAUUCUGUCAGCUCACACGUCUGCUGAUUGUCAUUUCAGCCUCGACUGUGUCAAGGCUGUUAUGUCUGCACUGCUGUUUAAUAUGUGGCAUCUAAUCUCUUUUGAGAAUUAUUCUUUUUUGUAGAGAUCAUCUCUUGCUGUCUCGUGUUCAGUACAACCCGAUACAAGUCAUAAAGAUAACGCAACACUGCGUGUGGUAAUGGUGGUAUGUUAGGCAAUCUGUGUUUUGCAAGUGCUGAAAUGUGUGGAUGUGAAAUGAAAACAAGAGUGUGGUGUCAUGACAAAAAGCAAAAUCAAAGGAACAUUCUGUGUAUUCAGUAAACGAAACAAAUGAAAAAUGGUGCCUGUGAAAACAUGAGUAAAUAUAAAUGCUGCAUGAAUGUGUAUUGCAAACAUACUCGAUUAAUGGCAUCAAUUUCGUUUUUGCUCAUUUGAGGCAGCUAAAUGUAUGAAUGUGUGACCCAAAAGGGGUUUAUCCGAUCUACCACUUGCUGUGUCAUUAUUACUUUGAUGCUUGUUUUUUUCUUUCAUUUGUAAUUGUCAAGUGCUAAUGUCGUUUUGUUUAUUAGCCUACAUCGAGCUUAUCUGAAGUGCAAGCUGGCUGCCUGCAUAAUUCAAAACGUUUACACUGUUGUCUGACUGAAAGUGUUUUGCAUGUUUCGACUCCUUUCGUUCCAUGUUGUGCUUUGGCAUCUCUUGCCCAUCGUGUGGUAGUAGACCAACUGCCAUUGCUUGCGUGAGAGUCAUUCUUGCAACUUUUUUAAAAAGACCACUGUUGAAUAUUAGAGACUGGCAGCAUUGAGUAGUAGUCAUAUGAGCAGCCAUAGCGGCUAGUGGGGAUGAAGAGUUGAGAUGGGCAGUGUGUGAGCACAUGCAGUGAAUCUCAUUUUAGCGGUAGCAGGACUGCGGUGUCUCUUUUAGGCAGCAAGUACAACCUUUAGGCCAACGUCGUUUUCAUAUGCUUAGGAUCCCUACGAUAUGUUAUCCAAGAUGUAGGAGGAUAUAAGUAUUAUAUAGGAUAACUUUGUUUUCAAAUGUUCAAAAUACCUACACUAAUGAAGUUAUCCUAAGCAUGUGAGCAUAUAAACUUACAGGAUAACUUUUUUCAUAUGCUUAGGAUACCUGCGAUAAUGAAGUUAUCUUAAGCACAUGAAACUUUAUUUCAUUUGCUUGCAUAUGAAACAAUAUGAAAAGAAGUUUCAGAUGCUUUGUUUUGAAGUUAUUCUAAGCAUAGAAAACAAAGUUUACUAUGCUUGGGAUAACUUUGUUUUCAUAUACUUGCAAGGUGUUCAGCAAGAUAGUCAUUAUGCAUUGUUUGCAACAUUAUAUGCGAUUUCUGUGUCUCGCAGAGUGCAAUUCUUUACUUCCUGUAGCAAGCUAGGAGUAACUUUCUUUCCAUUUUUUUUUUUGUGUCUUGUGCAUUUCUCUAGAGAACUGCAGAUGCUCAUGUAGACCUGCAUUUCACAUUCCCUCGUCGACAAAGCAUAGCCAUCUAACCAUCGACCUUUUUUUUUAAUACAGUGUGAAGACAAUGCUUUGUGUGAUCUUAUAGCAGUUGUGUUAAAAACAAGUCCUGUAUAGCACACUGCACCAGAGAAUUUAUAUUGAGCAGUACACAUUGCAACGAUAAACUGGUUGCAUAAUUCUAAAGUUGGCUUCUUACACAGAAGCGUGGCUACAUUAGGAACAUUGACGGAGCAGAAUGUCUUACAGCCAGAAGUGUCAUGUGUUCUUUCUGCAUUUAAUAUGUUUAUCUGUAGGCCACCAAACUGCUAAAUUAAUCUUACACAAGCCGUGUAGUUGCUAUGGGUACCUGCGUGGAGUUUUCUUGCACAUUUCUUGUACACUCUUAAUAGAUACGAAGCGAAUUGCUGUGAAAGUAUAUUGGUUUUAACUGAACAUCCCCGUUAUCACAUAUGAUUCGGCUAGUUGGUGUCGAAACAUCUUGUGUCAAAGUGUGAAUGUUUAAGAACAAGACAGAAACAGGAAGACACUGAGGAUAUUGCAAGCAGUAUUAUUCUAAUAAAGGUGAUUCUAAACAGGCACCAAAGUGUAGUAAAAUGAUUUCAGCGCGUGACAUCCAUCUAUUAGAAGUGGUACCUAUAGGGCACGCCAGAGACUGAAGGCUCAGAUUGACUUAACGGAACUGCGAUGCAUAUAUGCACACCUACUGCUCCACUGUAAGGCACAGUCGCUGUGCAAGGGAGCCAACUUUAGAAUUGCCAUGUUUGUCUGUACUUUCAGUCAAGUGUUGUGUGUUCCCGCAUCGUCUUUUCGAGGAUAUUUCUUUCAAGCUCAGUGACCACUGUGGAAUACACUACUGAAACUGGCUAUGCUUGUGUGUGCCUUUUGUAUGCACUUUUUUUGCCAGCUUGGAUGCUGCUGACAGAACACUGUACAAAAUGGAGAGGAAUUAAAAUGAAGUGCUUUCAAAA